AUGGAGGGUUAGCUUACCUUCUGUAAAACUUGGCAAAUAGAUACUACGUACAGAUUGAGCGAAUUCAAUAAAUUUGACAUAACCUAUUCUGAAGACAAAGAGAUACCUUUGAUAAAAAAGUUUUCACUUCUGCAAGUCAAUUUUUUUAUUUUCAUCGUAAAUGGCUUUCGUUUUACCACCACUCCCUUAUCCAAAAAAUGCGCUUUCUCCUUCUAUCUCGGAGCAAACGCUGGAAUUUCAUUACGAAAAGCACCAUCGAGGCUAUGUAGACAAACUCAACCAACUCAUCAAAGGAACUGCUCUUGAAAAUUCCUCCUUAGAAAGUUUGAUUCGUGAGCAAACGGGUAAAAUAUACAAUCUCGCUGCCCAAGCGUGGAACCACACCUUUUACUGGAAUUCAAUGUCGCCUAACGGCGGUGGAGAACCUAAAAGUAAAAGCAAAACCGCUGAUGCUAUCAAUAAAAGCUUUGGCUCAUUCGAAACAUUCAAGAACAAAUUCACAGAUGAGGCCAAUAACCAUUUUGGCUCAGGAUGGAUUUGGCUCGUCCGUGAUGACCAAAAUAAUCUCUCAAUAUAUCCAGGUCAUGAUGCUCACUGCCCUUUAUCGGAGAAAAAGACACCUGUCCUUACCUGUGACGUUUGGGAGCACGCUUACUAUAUUGAUUAUAAAAACAACCGAGCCUCUUACAUCGACGCCUGGUGGAAAGUUGUGAACUGGGAUUUUGUCGAAAAAAAUAUGGCGUAGGUAGCUUUUUUUAUGCUUUCACCUUCAAGAAAAUUUCAAGUUCAAUUAUUCUAAUAAAAAAUUUUAUCAAU